AUGAGGUCCCUGGUCAGCAGCUCGCACCUCCAGCUAGCCGGCUUUGUUCUGGGCACAGUAGGCUGGAUCCUGUGCGCUGUUUCCAUGGGACUUGUGGAAUGGAGAGUGUGGCACGUGGACAACACCACCAUCAUCUCCUCUGGCAUUGCCUGGGUGGGGAUUUGGAAAGUCUGCUUCAUCAGUUACAUUCACGUCUCGCCUGGCUAUGAAGAACAGUUCUGCCACAAAUUCAGUGGCUACGACUCCUCCAUCCCCCAUGAAAUUUACGCCGCUCAGGGUCUCCUGUUGAUUGCCAUGUGCACGGGCUUGCUGGGCCUGACUGCCACAGUUUUUGCUCUGAGAAAUGUUUAUAUGGGAAUCGCUCGCAAAACUCUCAUUACCCGUUUCUUCCUGGUGGGUGGCUGCUUCUACAUAUUCGCCAGCCUCUGCGUCCUGAUUCCCGUGAGCUGGAAUUUCUAUUCUGUCGCACACAACCAGAGCAUUGCUUUUCCUCCUUCUUACAACAUGCCCUCCAGCCCAGUGGCACAGGAAGCUGGUGCUGCCAUUCCUGUUGGCAUCGUAGCUGGCAUCCUCCUACUGUUAAGUGGGACUUUUUCUCUCUCGUACAGAUUUCCGGUGACCGCAAACCCUAUCACAAAAUGCUGA